AUGUCACUACGACAAAGGGCUCAGGGUCUCAGGCGAAAGAUCGAUGAUAUCCUCGCAGCGGGAGGCGAUAUGGCGAUACCAAUUCUCACAGCCGUCAAUUCUGCGGCUAGUGUAUGCCCUCCUCUGAAGAGCGCGACUGGCGGUGCACUCUUCAUCAUCAGCGAGGUUCAAAAGUUCAAAGAGAAUAAGAAAGAAUGGGUGAAUUUUGGGAGAUAUGUCGUGGACAACGUGGCCGAAGUAGUUGCAGCCAUAAAGUCCUAUGAUCCGUCAACGGAAGAGGCAAAGCCAUGGGUGGAGAGCGCUGAAAGGCUUGAUCGUGCGCUACAGAAGAUCAAGUCCGAAAUAGAACAAAGACGCACAAAAAUAGAGAAGCGGUCGGCUUUAAUCAAUGCGUUGUCCCACUUGAGAGAUCCGGGAAGGAUUGAUUCCCUAAAGAAGGAUCUUGACAAAGCAUUGGCGUCGUUUCAGCUCAGGACGAACUUGACAAUUGGAGUUAAAUUAUCGGCGAUGGAAGAUGACUCGAUUCUUGGCAGACUCCGAUACCCCGAUAUCGCCCACUACGAUUCAACUCAGGCUUGCCUAGAAGGCACUAGGGUCGAUCUCAUUGAACGUAUUAUGGCCUGGUGUCAUAACACCGCAGAUAGCGAGAAUCGGCUGGCAUUGCUGAGCGCUGUGGCCGGCGCUGGCAAGACUUCCAUCGCACACACGAUUGCGGAACGAUGCGCAAUGGAGCGUGUGUUAUUGCUAAGCUUCUUUUUCAAGGCAGGCGAACAGUCGCGGCCUGAUUAUCUGUUCAGUGGGAUGGCUCGAACGUUGGCAAAGCGCGAUCGAGUUUAUCACUCCUCCAUUAUCUCUGCUCUUCAGGACGAUCCUACACUCUCAACAGCACCGUUUACGAUGCAAUUCAGGAGAUUGGUGGCUCCACCCCUCCUGCAUAACCCUCCGCUUUCGGACCGUCCUAUGGUGGUCAUCAUUGAUGCUUUGGAUGAAUGUGACGAUGAAGCAUUUGAGCCCCUUGCGAAUAUUCUUCGGGAAGAAGUGCCUAAAUUACCAUCCUCCAUAAAGUUCUUUAUCACAUCAAGACAAUUCGAUCGUGUCAAUCGCUUCCUCUCAUCCCAUUUCCAUAUCGAUCGUCUUACCAUAGAUCUCUCGGAUGAUGCAAACGUGCAGGACUGCGCGACGUACAUACGUUCCCAACUGCAGACACUGAAGAAUUGGCAUCCCGAUAUACGGCAUAAACUCGAGGACGAAGAGAAAGCAGUAGAGGGAAUCUUGGAACGAGCAGGUGGCUUGUUUAUUUGGAUCAGCACUAUCUUUCGCUACAUGAGGAAGGCCAGCAAGGACCCCAUGAGGACGCUGGAGGGACUGCUCGGCACAGGGGUGAAGGGAUCAGCGGUUUCUGCUGAGGGAAUGAUGGAUCGGUUGUAUACAAGCAUUCUGAAGAAGUGUGGUUGGGAAGAUAAAGAUUUUGGGCACGACUAUCCGGUUGUGAUGGGAGCAAUCUUCGUUGCACAACAGCCUCUGUCUGUCGCAGCUUGGGAUGCAAUUUUGUCACCGUUCUUGAAGUCGUCGGUUCGAUAUACGUUGGCCGAACUUGCGCCGCUCCUGUCAGGCCUUGAGGAUCCUGACAAUCCAAUUCGCAUCUUACACCAAUCCUUCCGCGACUUUAUUCUAGAACGGAUCAAUACCCAAUUAGUCAGCCUUCAUUGCAAUCCAGUAGAUGUGGGACGGGAGAAUGCGAGAAUUGCCCUCCGAUGUACUGAGAUUCUGAAUCAGGAUCUCUCCUCUUUAGAGGGCCUUGGACUGAUUAAGGACUUGCAGAGACAAGAUGUGCUCCCGCACAUCCCUUCAGAGAAGUUAUCCGAGCAUUUGCAUUAUGCAUGUCGUCACACUGUUUAUCACCUCAGUGGAGUUCAGGAACGGUCGCAUGGGCUCGAUAAAUCAGUUGGUAUAUUUCUCAGUCAGCAAGCCACUUGCUGGGCGGAAGUGUGUGUGAGAACGGAAGGCUACAUCAGUAUAUCGAUACUCCCUCAGUGGCCUAAGCUGGUGGUUGACCAAAGGUCAAAAGCUGCUGUCUGCAUGCUGGCCAAUCUGCUUAUCCGGCUCCAGUUGAACUUGGGAUUUUUUUUAAGAUUCAGGGAGGCAUAUGAGGCAGCAAAGGAUUCAGUUGUACUUUGCCGUUGCCUUGUCUCCGUGGACUCAGAGUCCUACACCCCGGAAUUGGCCAGGUCACUUGGCGCUUUAUAUUUAGCUCUUUCGGAUCUCGGACGGCACUCGGAGGCACUCCUGUUCAUCGAGGAGAGGGUCAAACUCUACCGCCAGCUCGUUGCUGUUCACCCAGGAUCAUACAUCCUAUAUUUAGCUCCGUCACUCAACAAUCUAUUUUCUUCUCUUUCGAAACUCGGACGGCACUUAGAGGCACUCCCAUUCAUUGAGGAAAGCGUCAAACUUCAGCGCGCCCUAGUUGCCAUUCGCCCAGGCUUAUAUAACGCAGAUUUGGCUUGGUCACUCAACAGUCUAUAUGGUGCUCUUUCGAAUCUCGGACAGCACUUGGAGGCGCUCCCAUUCAUUGAGGAAAGCGUCAAACUUCGGCGCGACCUAGUUGCUGUUCACCCAGGAUCAUACAACGCAGAUUUGGCUUUUUCACUCAACAGUCUAUAUCAUGCUCUUUCGAAACUCGGACGGCAUUCGGAGGCACUCCCAUUCAUCGAGGAAAGCGUCAAACUCCGGCGCGAGCUGGUUACCAUUCACCCAGGAUCAUACACCCCACAUUUGGCUCGGUCACUCAACAAUCUAUAUCUCUCUCUUUCAAAUCUCGGACGGCACUCGGAGGCGCUCCCAUUUAUCGAGGAAUGUGUCAAACUUCAGCGCGAGUUAGUUGCUGUUCACCCAGGAUCAUACACCCCAGAUUUGGCUUUAUCACUUGGCAGUCUAUAUUCCGCUCUUUCGAAUCUCGGACGGGACUUGGAGGCGCUCCCAUUCAUUGAGGAAAGCGUUAAACUUCGGCGCGACCUAGUUGCUGUCCACCCAGGAUCAUACAACGCUGAUUUGGCUUGGUCACUCAACAAACUAUAUGCCGCUCUUGCGAAUCUUGGACGGCACUUGGAGGCGCUCCCAUUUGUCGAGGAAAGCGUCAAACUCCAGCGCGAGCUCGUUGCCAUUCACCCAGGAUCAUACACCCCGGAUUUGGCUCGGUCACUCAACAGUCUAUAUGAAGCUCUUUCGAAUCUUGAACGGCACUCGGAGGCGCUCUCAUUCAUUCAGGAAGCUGUCAAACUUCAGCUCGAGUUAGUUACCGUUCUCCCAGGAUCAUACACCCCAGAUUUGGCUUUGUCACUCAACAGUCUACAUAACGCUCUUUCGAAUCUUGGACGGCACUCGGAGGCGCUCCCAUUCAUCAAGGAAAGCGUCAAACUCUACCGUGAGCUGGUUGUCAUCAACCCAGGAUUACACACCUCCAAUUUGGAUAGGGCACUCAACACACUACGCACCGCUCUUUCUGACCUCGGACAUGAUUCUGAGACACUAAUUUGAACAACUUGGGUCCCCCUGAGACCUUCCUAUUUCCCUUUUCAAUCCAUUCCCUCAUUUGCUACUUGUAGUGCACACAGCUCAGUUUGAGAAUACUGGGGGUUGACAUUGAUUUUUGGUUUGGGACUACUGACGAAACGUUUAUGAGUUUUCUUGACUGUUCGGCUCACAACUGAUCGUGAUCCUAACUUAAUAAU